AUAGCAAAAACAGGCUUCGGUUACGGUUACGGUUACUGCAGUUGCUGAUACUGCUGUUACAAACGAGAACAGAGAAGUUUAGAUACGUUUGUAAGAAUCUAGGGCAUUUCCAGAAUCCGAGAAUGUUCAAAAAAUUCAGUGAAAAACAGUAUGAGGUGGCUGUAAAGGGAAGAGAAUGGUGAGUUUGACCUGUUCAAAACAAACAAACCAAACACAAACAUAGAAGAUGCCAAACAUAGGAAACAGAAACAUGGGAUGCACCAGAACUCCACAUUCUCUGGCUAAUUAUUGGGAGCAGAGGGUGUGAUCCCUCCAUUUUUCCCUGCAAAGCAAAAUGAAUAUCCCUUAUAGGGAUCCCAGAAGACCCCAUUUCAGGCUUCUUUAUUGUUGUCACUCUUCAUUCUAAAUUGAAAAAAAAUCCUCAUCCUCAACCCCCCAGGAGGUAUGGGGAAGAUAGAAAAAACAAUAAAGACCCUCACACAACCUUUUCUAUCACCCUUCAUGUCAUCAUCAUCCAUGAUGGCUAUCCUCCUGGUCAUCCUCACCAUUCUCUUCUCCUUCUUCUCCUCUCCUUCAUUGGCCGCAGAAUCCUUCCAACCCAAAGACAAUUUCUUGAUCGAUUGUGGCGCAGACACUGCCUCCACCCUCCCUGAUGGAAGACAUUUCAAAACAGACCCUCAAGCAACUUCUUUCUUGAAAGCCAAUGAUGAGUACAAGGUUAAUGCCCCAGAUGCAAAACUCGACUACCCUAUAUACAAGUCUGCAAGAAUCUUCAUCCAAGAAGCAGUUUACUCCUUCCAUUUGGUGCAACCGGGUUUUCACUGGGUUCGCCUGCAUUUCUACCCCAUCAAGAACAGUGUCUUUGAUCUCCAAAAGGCCACUUUUUCCGUCUUCACAGACACCUAUGUUCUUCUCCACAGCUUCAACGUCAACAACACUGACAAGCCAAUCCUCAAGGAGUACCUCAUCAAUGCAACCGAGCCUCAGUUCUCGCUCUCCUUCAUCCCCAUGAAAAACUCCGCCGCUUUCAUCAACGGCAUUGAGGUUGUUUCAGUUCCUGAUGAACUCAUCUUCGACACCGCCACCAGCCUCUUCCCGGUGGGGGAAUUCUCCGGCAUCACAUCCUACGGGUUGCAGCCUGUUUUCCGGGUCAACAAUGGAGGGCCUCUCAUCACCUCGUCCAAUGAUACCCUUGCGAGAACUUGGGAGCCUGAUGAGGCUUUCCUCACAAACAAGAACUUGGCCAAGAGUAUCUCUGUGGCCACCAAUGCUGUUAAGUUCCCCCAGCACAACCCUGCAAUCUCCCCUCUCACAGCUCCACAGACUGUGUAUGCUUCCGCCACUGAGAUGGCUGAUGCUGGUGUCAACAACCCGAAUUUCAACGUGUCGUGGAAAUUUGAUGUUGACCCUUCUUUCAGCUACCUUGUUAGGCUUCACUUCUGUGACAUUGUUAGCAAAGGGCUGAAUCAACUCUACUUUAAUGUGUAUGUUAAUGGGAAAAUGGCGAUCUCUAACUUUGAUUUGUCAGCCACCACCGGUGCCUUGUCAACACCGUAUUACAAGGACAUUGUGGUGAAUGCAACACUGAUGACAGAGGAGGGAUUGUCAAUUCAGGUUGGUCCAGCUUCUGGUGGUAGUGCAAGUGCCAAUGCCAUUGUGAAUGGUAUAGAGGUUAUAAAGAUGAGCAACAUUGUGAACAGUUUGGAUGGAGAGUUUGGGGUUGAUGGAAGAUGUGUUAGUGGUUCUAGCCGCGGCACGGUGGCUGCAGUUGGAUUUGCCAUGAUGUUUGGAGCUUUUGUUGGGCUCGGAGCCAUGGUGAUCAAGUGGCACAAGAGGCCUCAAGACUGGCAGAAGAGGAACAGCUUCUCUUCAUGGUUGCUGCCUCUGCAUGCUGGUGACACAAGCUUCAUGAGCAGCAAGAACUCAAUGGGAAAGAGCAAUUUUUUCUCCUCAUCAAUGGGAUUAGGCCGGUACUUCUCCUUUGCUGAACUUCAGGAAGCAACCAAGAACUUUGACUCAAAGAACAUCAUUGGUGUUGGUGGAUUUGGCAAUGUGUAUCUGGGUGUGAUAGAUGAGGGGACUCAGGUGGCAGUGAAGAGAGGAAACCCUCAAUCAGAGCAAGGCAUCAACGAAUUUCAGACAGAAAUCCAAAUGUUGUCGAAGCUCAGGCACAGGCACUUGGUGUCCUUGAUUGGAUACUGUGAUGAGAAUGAUGAGAUGAUUCUGGUUUAUGAGUACAUGCCCAAUGGACACUUCAGAGACCAUCUUUAUGGAAAGAACAUGCCUCCUCUCUCAUGGAAGCAAAGACUAGAGAUCUGCAUUGGUUCAGCUCGUGGACUUCAUUACCUUCACACAGGCACAGCUCAAGGAAUCAUUCACCGUGAUGUCAAGACCACCAACAUCUUGCUUGAUGAGAAUCUGACAGCAAAGGUUUCUGAUUUUGGACUUUCCAAGGAUGCACCAAUGGGACAGGGACAUGUUAGCACUGCGGUGAAGGGUAGCUUUGGUUAUCUUGACCCUGAGUACUUCAGAAGACAGCAACUCACAGAAAAAUCUGAUGUGUACUCCUUUGGGGUGGUUCUGCUUGAGGCACUGUGUGCAAGGCCAGCCAUCAACCCUCAGUUGCCCCGUGAACAAGUAAACUUGGCCGAUUGGGCGAUGCAGUGGAAGAGAAAGGGCUUGCUUGACAAGAUCAUAGACCCUCACCUGGUUGGAUCCAUCAAUCCUGAAUCUAUGAAGAAGUUUGCUGAGGCUGCUGAGAAGUGUUUGGCUGAUCAUGGAGUGGAUAGGCCUUCAAUGGGAGAUGUAUUGUGGAACUUGGAGUAUGCUUUGCAGCUUCAAGAGGCCUUCACACAAGGAAAGGCUGAGGAUGAGACAAAGUUAUCUGCAGCUGGUGCUCCUCCUUCACCUCUGCCACAGGCACCUGCCACUCCCACCGGUGACACGCCGACACAGCCGCCGGCACCGACGUCACCGGCAGCGGUGGCAGUGCCACGGGCAGAAGUGAAUAAUCCUACACCAGAAGUACAUUCUAUUGAUGACCAUUCUGGAACUGCAAUGUUUGCUCAGUUUAACAAUCUCAAUGGCAGGUAAAAGGCUAAUUCGGUUUUUUCAUGAAUGGAACUUCCAACUGGACCGCCACAACUUUGCUCAUCUCUAGGAGAUGUUAUAGUAACUUUGUGAAGGCUUGGACCAAAAAAUUCCUGUGUAAUGGUGUGAUAUAUUGUGUAUUGUUUCUCGAGUAGGUUCUCUUGUCCUCUUGUAUUGUGUGUGGGGUAUUAUUUUGCAUGACAGCAAAAGAGUGUAUCAGAUAUGUAAUGUGAUUAACUUGUUGGCUUGUGAGAACACAUGCAUAUUCAGCAGUACCAUUAAUCAUGUAUGGUAUUAUAUAAAUGAAUUGUUGUAUAUUGAUAUGUAACUUGUAUAGGGGAGGUAAGUGUAGAAGCAUGUUCAAAGAAACUGGCUACUGCAGGUAGUGAAGUUGACUUGAAAUUUUGUGUAAUGGACCAAUAUUCUAGCAGGGUUUCUGAGUCAUUUUACAAAAAUGUCCUCUUUCUCUCAU